GCUCUUCAGCAGCUUGUGCAGCUCUCCAGUGCUCCAUGGAGCGGCGCUUGGAUGAAUGGCACCAGCUUUUGCGAUCGAUCUGCACGUCGCCCGCGGUGCGGCGCAAGCCCUCGCUGCAGGAGGUACUACGCUUGGCAGAUGAGCCUUUGGCUGUGGAAGAGCGGUUGGGGCUCAGAGAGCAGCGCGAGCCUUGCAAGAGGCUGUUGCACGGACUGGUGGCUUUGGCUUGUGGCACCCUCCAACAUGUGAAGCGCUGCUACAUUGGAGGCGCUUUUGGCCGCAAGACUGCCCUCAACUAUUGCGUUGAAGCAGAUCUUGUGAUCUUCCUGGAGGACUUUCAAUGCUCGAGGAGUCGAAGAUACCAGGCCCAAGUCUUUGAUGGUCUCGAGAAGCUCUUCUACCGCGGACGCGUCGAGCUGCAUGGGGAAAGCCCCUCUUGUCUCAAGAUCGCAGCUGGGCAGUUUGUCCUUCUAGAUCUCCACAUGACGGGCGAAGCGCCGGAAGUGGUACCUGCGGAAGAGGAGAGGCGCUACUAUGGAGCGGCAGAGCUGGCACGAGUGGAUGAAGAGCUCUUGGCCUUUGGGAGCAGACAUGCUGAGUUCGUAGCGCUGGUACUCCUGGGCAAACACUGGAGGGCUUUAGAUGCCCGUGCCCAGGCACUCUCUUCAUAUCACUUGGAGCUUCUUUGCAAAGAACUCAUUGAAAGGAGUGACUUGGACACCUUGCGGGAUCUCUUCUGGAAGUUCUUGAAGCGUUUGGCCUACAGUGAGGAUCGGCUUUGGGCCCGGAAUCCCAACCGCUUCCGCUGCGAUCUCCAGAUCUCGAAGAACGCUCGGGGUCCCUUGGCCGCCUACGCGGCGGAGACGCUGCGGGACUACCAGCGGCACAUCCGGCAGCAGAACACGUCAGCGUGCCCCUCCUGCGGGCAUCGGUUUCACCCUCGGAGCGUUCGGCCACUGUAACUAGUUAUAGAUCCGGGGAUGAAAUGACACGAGUUGAUCAGUUGGUGAAGAUCUUGGAGAUGGAUGGAGAUGGCGGGGUUGGAUAUUGUCCGCUGUGGAAAUCUUCGAGUGAUUGGUGGUUGAGGGAGCCCGGGCCAGGCCUUGCCGUUGAAGGAAACUCCUGAGACCCUAAGGGCUAAGGGUUUCCAAGCUUGAUGGGCGCUCCAGUCUUGUUUUAUAGGAUUUGUGACGCUUCCAUUGCGCGAAGGCCUGGGGUGUGGCACUGUGGGGUUAGACCCCUUUGCCGUUGUGCAAGACUCCCUAGCAAAGUUUUUUUGCAACUCUCCACCUGGGAUCUUUGGUGAGGCGUUUUGAUGCGUUUUGCUUUCUUGAGGUGUUUCUCCCGGCUGUUCCUAAGGAACUGGAGGGCGACAGAGGAUUGCUGAUUAAAAGAACA